UUCCAUCACAUUAUAAAUAAAGUUAUCAUUCACUUGCGCUAUGCACUUGUCAUCAUCAUUUGUCUUGUAGGUUUAGGUGUUGGAGCUUUCAGUGGGAGGACAAAAGUGCUGAGAUGGAUCGGCAGCAGAUUCUACAGUAUGCAAGGAUCUGUCAGAGCAUUCAUGGUGAAGAUAUUGAAGAGCUACAUCACAAUAUGAGGCAUGCCAUAUUUUACCCAUCCUUGAUGUCGGUUCUGUGCGGCUGGAUAAAACUCAAGAUUGUGGUGCUGGCCUUUCAAUUUGGGAAAUUGGACAAGGCUUAGAUUACUUUUUUGAUCUUCUCUAAUCUCAGCCAAUCCUCAUCUCUAUUAAUUCUUGGCAGCAGAAGUGUAGUGCACACAAAUUUUUAAGGAAUACUAGUUCUCUUUUUCUUAAUAAUGUGCUCUGUAACAUAGUUUAAUGACUGGGAGGCCUAGCUGUUUACAUGAUGUCCUAGUCGAAUUCAUUUUUAUGGUCCGUGGGAGACUUGGCUAAGCAAGCUCAACGAGGUUCUUAUCGAGCCAAGCCUCGGUUUCUAGUUAUUUCUGCACUCAAAUGAGGUAAGCUCCAGAUAAGAUUUAGGUUUGACUUGUUUUCCAAAUUAAGCGAGCUCAAUCUAGAAUGGUUGUGUCCAUGGGUGAUCAAAUCCGCUGGUGAUCCAGGAUCAUGUUUAUGUUGUUGGAUGGAAAACGUGCCUCCUCGACGGAGGCCAAGUCGAGACCUCUUGCGUCAUGACGGGAGAUAAAAAUGGCAACGAAACUCGCGGCUUCUCUCGUUCGCGUACUUGGUAUCAUGUCUAUCAAACCUCGUCUCUUCCGACAUUAUCAUCCUAAACUCCUAUCCGCCUCUCACCAUGGUGCCAUAUCCCCUCUCCCAAAGGCCAUCUCUCUUAACGUGCAACUUAGCUGCUGCAUCGACAAAGGCGAUUUAAUCUCCGCCCGCCAACUUUUCGACGCAAUGCCCCAACGGACCGUUGUCUCCUGGAACGCCAUGAUCUCCGGUUUCGCCAAAUGGGGAAGAACCGAAGAAGCUCUCACCACGGCCUCCGCUAUGCACUGGAGCGGCAUGAAGCUCAACGAGACCACCUUCUCCUCCCUCCUCUCCGCCUGUGCUCGCUCCGGCUCUAUCCAUCUUGGCAAACAGACCCACUGCCUAGUCUUCAAAUCCGGUUCCGAGGACUUUGAGCUGGAUGCCAAUCCGUGAUGUUGUUUCCUGGACUGCUCUGAUAUCAGGCUACUCCCACAGCGACGGAGAGUGUGGCGAGGCUUUGGAGCUGUUUCUCAGCAUGAAAGGAAGUGGUCAAGUGGUGCCAAAUGAGUUCACUUAUGAUAGUGUUCUGAGAGCUUGUGCAAAGUUGAGAUCUUUGGAUUAUGGGAAGAUGAUUCAUGGGUGCAUAAUUAAAUGCGGGUUUUUAUCGGAUCGCUCCAUUGGUGGCGCUCUUAUCGAUGUUUACUGCAGCUGUGAUGCUGCUGAAGAUUCCAAGAGGAUUUUCGAGCAACUGGAUUCUCCAUGCAUGAGCACUUCAAAUGCUUUGAUUGCGAGUCUUAUAUCGAUGGGUAAAAUCAGAGAUGCUGAGCUGGUGUUCAAUCAGAUGGUUGAGCAUAACUCAGUUUCAUACAAUUUGAUGAUUAAGGGCUAUGCUUUGGAUGGAAGGAUAGCAGAUUCUAAAAGCCUGUUUGAGAAAAUGCCCUGUAAAAAUAUAGUGUCUUUGAACACCAUGAUGUCAGCGUUUCACCGGAAUGGUGAGUUUGAGGAAGCCUUGAAACUAUUUGAAUGUGUAAGGGAUGAGAGGAACACCGUGACAUGGAACUCCAUGAUUUCAGGGUAUGUUCAAAAUGAGCAGCCUGCAGAAGCUUUAAAGCUGUAUGUGGUCAUGCGCCAUUCAUCAAUUGAAUGCAGCCGGUCAACAUUUUCUGCACUGUUCCGUGCUUGUGCAGCAAUUGGGACUCUCCAGCAAGGGAGAAUACUUCAUGCUCAUUUGUGUCAAACGCCAUUUGAGUCAAAUGCUUAUGUUGGGACAUCUCUUGUUGAUAUGUAUGCUAAAUGUGGUAACAUCGCCGAUGCUAGGACUGCAUUCAGUCUGAUUGUUUCACCUAAUAUGGCCUCAUGGAGUGCUCUCAUCAAUGGUCUUGCACAUCAUGGGCUUGGAAUGGAAGCAAUAUUAGAGUUUGGGAAGAUGAUAAAAUACCGAAUAGAUCCUAAUGCAGUUACUUUUGUUGGGCUUCUGCUGGCUUGCGGUCGUGCUGGUAUGGUUGAUGAGGGAAUGAGAUUUUUUCACUCCAUGAGGGACUGCUAUGGGUUGAUUCCAACCGUGGAGCAUUAUACAUGUGUAGUUGAUCUUCUUGGUCGAUCAGGCUACAUUAGAGAAGCUGAAAAAUUCAUAAAUGAAAUGCCAAUUGAAGCAGAUAGUGUUGUGUGGGGAGCUCUGCUUAGUGCCUGCUCGUUCUGCAUGGACUUGGAAGUGGGCAAGAGAGUGGCCGAGAGAAUGUUUUGUUUGGAUUCGAAUCAUCUAACUCCCUAUGUGGCCAUGUCUAAUAUUUAUGCUAAAUUAGGAAGGUGGGAGGAGGUGAUGAAGGUGAGGAAGAGAUUGAGAGGCCUCAAAGUAAAGAAAGAUCCAGGAUGUAGUUGGAUUGAGGUGAGGGAUACAGUUCAUGUAUUCUGUGUAGAGGAUAGAAAUCAUCCACAAAGAGAUGACAUUUAUGCUGUUCUAGAGGACUUGAUAGCCAAUAUCUGCUCUUAUUCUGAAUUUUGUUGUACUCUAUAUGGUAAUCAAAAUAAUGAUGUUUAUUAUUUUCCUCAGUUGCGGUGAGGAGUUUGUUUGGUGCCAGUCUUCUGAAUCUGUUGCAUUUCCAAUUUGAUGUUGUAGUGUAGUUUUGGA